AUGUCUUCCGACGCGCUCAACUUUGACGACAUCCAAGGCGAUAUUCUCGUUGGUCUGCCGAAGAGGGUGCAACAGUAUAUCAUUUUCCAGAUUGGCAGCAAUGUCGCCGGGUUCAAACAGGCCCUCACGCAGCUCCUCCCGCUCAUCACUACGACCACCCAGGCUAUGCAGAACCGCGCCGCCAUUGCGGCUAAUAAGAAAGCAGCGCAGGAGCAGGGCAAGACCCCUGAGCUCCUUAAGAUGAGCGGCGUGAACAUCGCCUUUUCUCAUGUUGGCCUUGCCGCGCUGGGUAUCAACGACAACAUCCACGACGACCUCUUUACGAACGGCCAGCAGGCAGACGCCCAGUCCCUCGGCGACCCUGGCACAAGCUCGGGAUUCCCUAUCAGCCACUUCACGCCCAGCUGGGACCCUGCAUUCUUGAACAAAACCCACGGCGUGAUCAUCAUCGCCGGCGACUCCGACGACACAGUGGCGAGCGUCCGCAAGCAGGUCGAGGCCAUUUUCAAUGUCGGCGGAUUUAACGCUACUCUGAGCGAGGUGAUCACCCUCAGCGGGUCUGUGCGCCCCGGAGACCAGAAGGGCCACGAGCACUUCGGUUUCAUGGACGGCAUCUCGCAGCCCGCCGUCCAGGGCGUCGACACGUCCCCGAACCCCGGGCAGGACACCGUCCACCAGGGGGUCAUCCUGUGCAAACGCGACAACGACAAUACCAGUUUGCUCCGCCCGGCUUGGGCGAAGGACGGGAGCUUCUUGGUCCUGCGCUACCUCUUCCAGCUUGUCCCAGAGUUCAACGUCUUCCUGCAAAGCAACCCCAUCAAGGAGGCCUCCCUCACGCCCGAGCAAGGCAGCGAGCUGCUCGGCGCCCGCCUCAUGGGACGAUGGAAGAGCGGUGCCCCAGUCGACAUCGCUCCCUUCCAAGACGACCCGGUGUUGGCCGCAGACCCCCUGCGCAACAACAACUUCAACUACACCGCCGAGAACGACAACCGCGGGGCCAAUUGCCCGCUCGCGGCGCACACGCGCAAGGGGAACCCGCGCCACGAUCUUCAGGACAUGCCCAUCCCGAUUCCGCUCGAGCCGCACCGCAUCAUCCGCCGCGGUAUCCCGUUCGGACCUGAGGUUACUGCAGACGAGGCUGCUUCCGGAAAGACUAACCAGUCGCGUGGGCUCAUCUUCGUCUGCUACCAGAGCAACCUCGCCGACGGAUUCACGUUCAUUCAGAAGACUUGGGCGAACCAGCCUCUGUUCCCGCUGAAGGGCCUGGCCCCGCCCGUCCCCGUCCCCGGCUUCGAUGCGAUCAUCGGGCAGGCUACGGACGAGACGUCGCGCACCAUUGCGGGCACGGACCCGCUCAACUCGACGGGCACCCUCCACCUGCCCACGGAGUGGGUCGUCCCGCGGGGCGGCGAGUACUUCUUCUCGCCCUCACUCCCGGCCCUCCGGUCCACGUUCGCCCAGGCGUCUUGA